CCGAAAUGUCUGUGUGGAUAAAUCGGCAGUGAGCUCUCCUCGGUUUCAAAUGAUAAGUUCAGGGCUAUCCAGGGUCUAGAAUCGUUAUGGGAAUAUGUCUUGACCUUGUUAUCGCAUUGCUCUCUAGUUUUCAUUCCAUGUCAACUGGCAACGAAUGUCCUCCAUGGUUGGGGAGAGCAUCCCUGCGGGCACUGGACAUAUUACCUGUGAUCUGCAUUCAUCAACUGUCGUCUUUUCGAAGCUCUCGUCAUCAUACCCGCUCAAGCUCUUAUCACCUAGAGUUUCAGAACAUGGGGUUGCUAUAGUAUACAUGUUGAGUUAUGGCGGUGGUCUGGUUGGCGGAGACCGCAUGCAACUUGUUGUCGAAGUAGGAAAAGAAUGCAAGCUCAUAUUACUCUCCCAGGGAUCUACCAAAGUCUUCAAAACGCGUGCUAGUGACAGAGCAUCCACGCGUUUGCGAAGAUCUUCUCCCCAACCCAGUAGUCCGAGUCUGCAAGCGGUCACGACUCAAUCCAUGCAAGUCACCAUAGAUCCCGACAGCGCGUUGUUCCUCCUCCCCGACCCUGUGACAUGCUUCCGUUCUGCAUCCUAUACUCAAGUGCAAACAUUCCAUCUUGCCAGGAGUGCGUCGAUUGUGUUGCUAGACUGGGUAACGUCGGGACGCAGGUCUAUGGGCGAGGACUGGGAUUUCCUCCGGUAUUACAGCGUUAACGAGGUCUUCGUAGAAGGCCGACGUGUCGCACGGGACGUUUUACUACUAGAUAACUCGUCCCUUGAUACCCAACCUGCGUCCUGCUCAUCAGGUCCUAGCCGCACAUCACUUCGGACGCUCAAAGAUAGGCUUGCGCCCUACUCAUGUUAUGCCAUGUUGUUUCUUUACGGGCCCCAGACGCAUGGUGUCGUGACUGACUUGCAAGCAAAGUACCGCAGUAUUUCUAUUUUCAAGCGCACAGUCCCAGAGAGGUUCCUUUGGUCCCUGAGUCCUGUGGACGAUGGCAAAGGCACAGUUAUAAGAGCUGCUGGGGUUGAUACAGAGGAUGUGAAGAACUGGUUUAAGGAGGCGCUUAAAGGGCUGGAAGCUGUUGUUGGGAUCGAUGAAUAUCGCAAAGUGUUCCUUUAAAAAUGGUAUGCAAGAUGCUGUAGUUGGUACUGGCCGACAGCCUGAGACUCAGGAUCUUGGU